UCCCAGGAUGAAAAUUUGCAUUUAUUAUAAUUAUAUUAUAAUAGAUUAAUCAGCUCAUGUAAUUGGAAGCUAAAACUACUGCUUGGCCAGUGGUGGUCAGUUGUUAAGGUUCUGGGCUACUCAUCAGAAGGGUGUAAGUUCAAUCCCCAGCACACUGUCGGGCCCUUUAGCAAGGCCAUUAACCCUCUCUGCUCCGGGGGUGCUAUCAUGACUGACCCUGCAGUCUGACCCCAACUCUCUAACCAGCUGGGAUAUGUGAAGGGAUUUUGAAGGUUCUAGACCUCAAACUAGUUUCGAAGACAAUGUUUUGUAAUUUUGUGCCUGAUAAAUACAGGAAUAGGGCAAUAAAUAAAGAUGUCCUACUAAACUGGACAAGGUUAAAUGUAGGGUGAAUGUAGCGGAGGAUUAAAAUGUGAUUUAUAAAAAUGUAAAUAUCCCACAAUAAAAUUACAAUCUGACCAUUUAACUUUCACAUAAAAUGCUAAGUUAAAAGUAUAUUCAUCUUUCAUCCCAAAACUUGUCCAUCUUUUUCAUUUCCAAGUAUAAACCAUCAGAUUUCAGUAAUGUCACAUAAAGAUUCUCAACAUUCUCAGGCCAUGUGUAAGAAAAAUGGCAGUCUUGCUACUUCAAUUCCUGUGACACAGGCUCAUGGUCAAGACAUUUCUAUUUUCCUACAACCUUCAGAAUUAACAAAAAUCAAUUUACUACACUGAAAUUAAUAUCAGUUGAUAACAUACUCCAGUAUACACAGCAGAUAUUAUUAAAUGUGUAGCAAUUGCAUGAUUGAUUAUGAAGUGAUUAUUAUUGAAAAAGGAUAGACAAAUAGUGUAUAAAAAAUAAUUAAUAUUUUAAAACGUGAACGAACAGUAGUCCAGCUAACAAAAUUACGUUGCCAUUACGUCAUUACGUAGCCACGUUUCCUGAUGUCAUAGCAACCUACUACAUACCCUGUGACAAGCAGAAAAGUGAAAGUACUACAUGUGUUAGACUGAAUGUUGAGGAGUGCUUAAAAAAUUGAAAAAAUAAUGAAAUAAUAAAAUAAAAUAAAUGAAUAAAAAAGUUUUGGUCCUGUUCCUUUAACCGACGCUCCCAUAAUUCAUUGCGGCACAGCGCUGUGCACGUGUGUUUUGGGCAGGAGUCUGAAAGCUGUCAGAAAACGGAGGUGAAAAUGGAAAACGGGAGUGUGAAUGAAGAAGAAGUUGAGGAGUAUAAACUGUUUCUGGGUCUGCACAGUGCUGCUCUGAAGGCGGCUCGAAUUCCGCCGCUGUACUGGAAAAGUCUGUAUUAUAAACUGAAACAUGAGGUGUUUGAUGCCGGAGAGGUGUUUGGCAUCAUGCGCGUGGAACAGGAAGAUGAGGAAGGUGAGGAAGAUGUACGAAAAACGUCCAACCCUGGUCAUGAAGAUUCUUAUAAAGUGAUUGUAACUCGAGAGAGUGGCCUGAAAGCUUCUGAUCCGACCAGUGUAUACCUGGUGGAUCACGCCUGGACGUAUCGGGUGGAAAGUGCCAGGCAGCAGCUGAUAGAGGUUCCUGGACUAUUGAUCCGAAUGGCCGAUCUGAUGGGUCUUCCUUUCCACGGUGAAGCCCCUGAUCCUGACAUCGUGGACCUGGUGCUGGAAAACAUGUGGAAGUUUAAUCAGACCUAUCAGCUGUCUCAGGGGUCUGCAGAGGAGAAGGUGCCCGUCUGGUACAUAAUGGAUGAGUUUGGCUCCCAUGUGCAGCACUCGUCUCAGCCGUCCUGCUGUAUGGCUCCUCUGUUCUACGCUCCUCAACAGAUCGCAUAUUCUGUGCUCUGGCCUCUGCAGGAUCUGGAGAAUGGAGAUGAGGUGACGAGGGAUUACUGUUACGGGGAGCCAGAUUCACUGGUGAGGAAGUGUCGACUGUUACCAUGGUUACCCGCUGACCUGGAAGGAGUGAGUGAUGAGACUGUAGAGCCUGCUGACAUUUAUUAUGAGACCAUUUUACAGGAGAACAAAGAGAAGCUCCCAGUAGAAGUUGAAGCCUACGGUGUGCCUGAUGGGAAAGUACUAAAGGUCUACACAGAGAUGAAGCAAGUUUUGGACCAUCUGAAACAUCCACAAUUCCAAUUCACCGAACAAGAAGAUGAAGCCGACAUACUCUGGGUGUAUUCUCACAUCCGUCAUUAUAAGAAGCUGAGUGAGGAGCGACCUCACGUCCUGCUGAACCAGUUCCCCUGUGAGACAGUAUUAACCACAAAGGACUGUCUGGCAUCAGUGGCACGGAGAGCCAGGCGAGGAGGACAUUCACCGCCGUGGCUUCCCACGACCUUUAAUCUUCAGACAGAGCUCCCACAGUUUAUCAAACAUUACCUACAGCGGCAGGAGAGAGGAGAAGAUAAUCACUGGAUCUGUAAGCCCUGGAACCUGGCCAGAGGUUUGGAUACACACAUCACGAACAACCUCGACUACAUCAUUCGACAGAGAGAGAGCACCCCAAAGGUGGUGUGUAAGUACCUGGAGGACCCCGUGUUGUUUGACCGAGAGGAGGUUGGUCUGGUGAAGUUCGACAUCCGUUAUAUGGUGCUGCUGCGCUCAGUGCAGCCUCUGAGACUCUACGCUUACAACAUCUUCUGGCUCCGUUUCGCCAACAGGCCGUUCUCUCUGGAUCAUUUUGAUGAUUAUCAAAAGCACUACACGGUGAUGAACUAUGCUGAAGGUGUUCAGCUGAAACAGGUUCACUAUGACGAGUUCAUUCCUAUGUUUGAAAAGCAGUAUGCAGAAUAUCCAUGGAAAGAGGUGGAGAGGGAUAUCUUCAAGGCAUUUGCAGAGCUCUUUCAGGCAGCGUCAUCCCGCCCUGCACCAUAUGGCAUCUGCGCGUAUCCGUCCUCCAGAGCGAUAUACGCCAUCGACCUGAUGCUGAAAUGGGAACAAGCAGAAGGAGGAAAUCGAGUAAUGCAGCCUCAGAUUCUGGAGGUGAAUUUUAAUCCGGACUGCAACAGGGCCUGCCUGUACCACCCCAGCUUCUAUAACCACAUGUUCCAGACGCUGUUCCUGGAUCAGGCUGAUCAGUGUCCUGUCACCCAGAUCGUGUAACUCCCCUAGCUUUCAGCAUAUGCUGGACUUUGUUGCUCUUAAGUGAAAUAAAGGUGAUGUGAUGCUUCAGAA